CAGAAGUCGAACAAUUCGACUUUAUGUAUUGCAUGGUGAAUUGGUUUCUUUAUCGUCAUCAUCACCAUGGGGUAUAGUACUAAAUUUUGCAGAAGAUUGAACGGAGUGAAACCAGCUUUGGUAAUGGUGAUGGUACAGAUUGUAUUUGCUGGGAUGAAUGUGUUUUACAAGUUAGCAAUGAAUGAUGGAAUGAAUAUGAUGAUUUUAGUUGCUUAUAGAUCUUUGUUUGCUACCGCUUUUGUUCUUCCUCUUGCUUUCUUCUUCGAAAGGAAAAUCAUACCAAAAUUGACAUGGACUAUAGUGUUCCAAGCCUUCCUAUGUGGGUUAUUUGGGAAUACUUUGGCUCAAAACUUUUACGUAGCAAGUAUGCAUUUGACAUCCGUAUCAUUUACAGCAGCAAUGGCAAAUCUUAUCCCAGCUAUGACAUUCAUUAUGGCUAUUCUUUGCGGAUUUGAGGUGUUAGGGUUCGGAAACGUAGCAGGGAAAGCAAAGGUGUUGGGGACAUUAAUAGGUAUUAGUGGUGCAAUGUUGCUCACAUUUUACAAAGGUGUGGAAAUUCCGAUGUGGUCAACACAUGCAUUGCAUAUCCAUCAUGACGAUCACGGAGGACAGGUGUCAACAUCUGGUAAACGUGUAUUGGGUUCGUUACUGGCUGUUGGCAGUUGUUUGUGUUAUGCCACCUGGUUGAUGGUUCAGACCAAAAUGAGUGAGAAAAUUCAAUGUUAUUAUUCAAGUACAGCAUUGAUGUGUGGAAUGGGAUCAAUACAAGCUGUUGGUUUUGCUCUGUGCAUGGAGAGGGAUUGGACGCAGUGGAAACUUGGUUGGAAUAUUAGGUUACUCGCUUCUGCUUAUUCGGGUAUCUUGGCCUCAGGGUUAAUGGUGACCUUAAUUGCAUGGUGUGUACAUGAAAGAGGUGCACUCUUUGUUUCAGUUUUCAAUCCUUUGAUGCUUGUGCUGGUAGCUAUUGCUGGUUCUGUCCUCUUGGAUGAGAAGUUGCAUCUCGGAAGUGUCUUAGGAGCGAUACUCAUAGUGAUUGGUUUAUACUUUGUAUUAUGGGGAAAAGCUAAAGAAUUGAAGAACAUGUCAAAGUUGGUGCCAUCGAAAAGCUCAAGAAAAUCAGAAAUAAUCCAAGUCAUAAUUACCUCCAGUGCGAACGAGACUACCGCCGGCAACUCUAACACGGUGAUGACCAGGAGCAUCAAUUCAGAUGAGAUCCCACAAUCUAUUGCGGAGGAAAAUAGUGACAGUACUACCAAUAAUUCUAGUUCAAAUACUAACGAUAGACUAGAAGUUAAUCCAUGAAUCAUUACAAUUGCCUGUUGAUCAUAUAGCAGGCGGUUUUGUAUUCGCCUAGGCUUACAUAAUUCUGAGUCGAUGGAUAUUGAAAAUGUUGUUUAGUUGUCAUGAGCUAAAUUAAUAUACUAAGUUUUAUAGCGUCACCUGGAUAUAAUACUUGUCAUGAGAUAACAUAUCAAACAUC